CUCAGAAUGACACAAAGCUCACGUCAUCAUCAGUCAUUCACAUGAACCUAAAUGCCAUGUGACUGAUGGCUAUUAGAGCUGCAUAAACUAUGACAAACUGAUGGCCUUGCAAGAACACAAACCCAAGCUGUGAUGUCAAAUGCAACAGACAGGGAAAAACAGAAGUCCAUUUCUCACCAUUGCUCAGAACUGUGUGAAAAGGCUUGUCCAUACACAUCAACUGUUAAAAAAUGAGGAAGUAGAUGCAAGUACAUUCAUUAGGUAUUCUGCUAUUUAAAAAAAAAAAAAAAAAACCACUGUAAAUUUAGACAAGUGUUUUUAACUUCCUCAACAAUGAUAAAGGCUUUGUGCACCAGUAAGAGCCAUCCAGGCUGCUAAGAGUCACUUGAAGGAAUCACUGAUAUAGUGUGGUCUUGCUAAAAUAUAACAUUGAAAAUGAAGUCUUUCUAUGUUCUUGGGAUCUGGAUCUGUCUGUCAGCAGGAAUUGGGAUUUCAGCUACAGAUGGAACUGAGAGUCAUGGAUACAGUGGAAGACACAUCAUAAUUAAAUGUUCCCACCGCUGGGCUUCAACCAAAAUAAAGUAUUUCUGCCGAAAUCCAUGUGGAGACAGAGAUGUUUUAGUUAAAUCGGAUCGGUCACCUGAAGGGAGAUACAGACUGGAGGAUUCUGGGACAGGAACCUUUAACGUGACCAUCACUGAUCUACAGGAGUCAGACUCUGGGAUUUACUGGUGUGGAGUGGAGAGAUUUGGAAAAGACACAUAUCAGAAAGUCAGUCUAAAAGUAUCUAAAGGGGAAAAUUGGGAUUCUCAAUCCUCCACAACAACUAGUUCAUUACCAACAUCUCCAUCACGUGAUGACAACAAAACCAACAUCUAUUCAACAAUAGAAUUUAAAGGUGCUGUUGUUUCAUCUAAACCGGCAGUUUAUGAAAGCACACAAUCUGGUUUUCUGAUGUUCACAGCCGUCACUCUGUCUGUGAUGGUGAUUAUAUCUGCGGUGGUUUUAUGUGUAUGGAAUAUGCAGAUAAGAAAGUCACACAGUUCCAAUGCUGAAGCUGAAAUCCGAGGCACCACAUGUUCUACGGAGACUGCUGGUGAUUAUGAGGAGAUCACAGAGAGUCAACGGCAGAUUGAUGCAUACACAAAUGUCACCAUUUAUUCUGUUGUCAAUAUAAGUCCUGCAGCCAAUCAAAUCCAAGAUCCUCCCCUAUACUCCACCAUCACCAUUGCAAACAAACUCCAAACCCCAGUGCUCUAGAGUAAAGUCAGUUGCAUAUGCAGCCAUUAGCAUGCAUGCUAAAGGUUGUGGAGCAAGUACAAUUAUUGGGUCAAAAGACAAAGUAACUUAUGACACUGUGCGUUUUUCAAAAGCUACUCUUUAACGUGUUCAUAUCAUUAUCAUAGACUGUCAAAUGUGAGUUUGCUGUAAGUAGUUGAGGUCUCACGUCUGAAUGUCUUGUUUUGUAAUUGUAU